AUGUUGAUCCCUUUUUUAUCAAACCAUGAUUCUUUACUGCACAGCCUUCCCACAUUGCAGCGUUUAUUUUCUUCAGUUUUAUUACCAACAUGUUUACUCGGCCAUUCUCACUGUUCCACAAGCCAAGUGCCUGCUUCACACAAGGAAUUGAAUUGGCCCAUUGCUAGACUGAAUUCCAAUGGUCAGGCCAUGUUUGAUCCGUCUUGCCUUGCCUGUGUACGUAUGAAUGACACAGAAUAUGUGGAAAUGAAACCCUCAUCCCAUCAGAAAAUUAGUUAUAAGGAUGGAACCUUGAGAGAUCCCGGACCUCAGAUCCUGCUGACGGUAGUGGUGUUUUGUGUUGUCGUAUGGAACUGGAGAUCCUGGAGUUUGGUAAAAGGAAGUCGUGUAGUUUCAGAAGCCCAAGAAAGCAAAGUGCAGUAG